GCGGCGGAAGCGGCGGGCUGGUGUUGCCAUGAGGGGAGCGGGGCGCAGCGCUGCGCUGCUCGCCUGGGCCAGUGGCUCCCGCUCGGGCCCGCUCCCGCGCCGGGCCCUGCUGCCUCCGGCUCCUCGGAGAGGUUUUGCUGCCACGCUCAUUAGGAAGUCAUAUGAUGUCAGAAGAGUUGAAAUCACUCCCCUGGAGCAGAGGAAAGUAACUUUUGAUACCCAUGCUUUAGUGCAGGAUCUGGAAGCCCAUGGCUUUGGGAAGGAACAAGCGGAGACCAUCGUAUCAGCAUUAAUAACCCUGUCAAACGUCAGCUUAGACACAGUCUAUAAGGAUAUGGUUACGCAGGCUCAGCAGGAAAUAACUUUACAGCAAAUAAUGGCACAUUUGGACUCCAUUCGAAAAGAUAUGGUCAUCCUGGAGAAAAGUGAAUUUGCGAACUUGAGAGCAGAGAACGAGAAAAUGAAAAUUGAAUUAGAUCAAGUUAAACAGCAGCUAAUGAAUGAAACCGGUAAAAUCCGAGCUGACAGCAAGCUAGACAUAAACCUGGAAAGGAGCAGAGUGACGGAUAUGUUUACAGAUCAGGAGAGGAAACUGAUGGAAGCAACUACAGAGUUUCAUAAAAAAGAUUCUAGUACCAACAGCGUCAUCUCAGAAAUCAGUAAUAAAAUCGACACUGAAAUAGCUUCCUUAAAAACUCUCAUGGAAUCGAAUAAGCUCGAUACAAUACGUUAUUUGGCAGCUUCCGUAUUCACUUGCUUAGCAAUAGCGCUGGGCUUUUACAGGUUUUGGAAAUAGAUCAAAAUGGAAUGGCUGCCUCGAAUACAGAUGGAGAAAAGGCCACCCAGGCAACACCAGUUUGACGAUCAUGUUUGCGCUGUAGAUAACCUUGGACCCUUUUUGUUUUGAUAUUUUUACUGUGCACUAAAAAUGUUUUCUGAAUACACAACACUAAGGAGCAAAAUAAUUGUGGGGAGGAGUGGGCAAAUGGUAAUAUUUUGUUGUCCCCUACUGAAUACUGUAUUUAUUUCAAAGGACUUCUUAUGCUCAAUCAAAGUGUUUCCUAAUGUGUUUUAGAAUUAAUUUUGUUUUCUUUGUGGAACACUCUUACUCUCAGCUCCUCUUCAAAAUGGAAUAUUAAAGAUCUGAUAUGCCUGUGAAAUGGGAAUACUGUUCCCAAGUUAGUAUUCCCAUACUGGGAAUACUAAUGCCAGAUUCCUACAGAUCUACUCAGAUCCAAGUAAAUUAAUCUGUUUUUUUUAUUUAGAUAUGAACGCACACUCCAAGGUCUUUAUUAAAGAAUCCUUUUUCUUGAGAACUGGUUUACAUAAAUUUAAAAUCUCAUGCAGAACUAAAAUGUCUCCAUAGAUUUAUUUUUUUAGUAUCUCUUGCAAUUUCCAUAACCCCAGAGGUCAACAGAAUGGGAGAACUUCUCUGUCUUUGUCAUUCCAAGGGGAAAUGCCUCCACUCUCAGCAACUGUGUAUAGCCCUGGGACAGAUAAGGGCUCUUAACUCCUCCCCUCAAGCAGCGCAGAGUAUUUCCAAUAAACCCUCACAUAUUUUCUGGGCAUAGGAUCUGGCUUGUAACAUGGAAAUACUCAGCGUCUCAGUGGUGCCAGCGUGGUGGUGAUCAUCCUCCUCCCAUCUCCACCCUCCUCCGGACUGUUCUGUAACCAUGGGACACGCUGGCGCUGCCAACUUCUGGUGGUGGCCCCUUUGCCUUCUGCAAGGACUUCACAACUCCUGUUGCAGAGAUGGGACAUCACAGGUGGAUGCCUUCCAAAACUGAAGCAGUCACAUCUUGUUGAGUACAAAACGCAUAUGCCUGGUUUGAUUCUUCUAACAAAACGAUAAUUUUAAGAAAAAUCUUCUUGGAUUAAACUUUUGAGUAGGUCCUUUAUGGGUGAAAGAGAACGUAGUACUGAUUAGUGGCAACUUUUUUUUAUUGCAGUUUUAUUCUGUUUGUAGUUGAACUUGCUGCUAUCCUGCUAAUUCUUACAUUGUGUGUUAAAUUAUUUAUCAUCUUUGUUUAGGAAAAUAAAAUUAAUUUCUUAUUUGCUGUC